CAAUCAUUAUUAGCUUCUGAACCUCCCAGUCUUGAAUUGUUAGAUAAAAUAGUUGAACAGAGAAGACAGAGGGAAAAUGCUGCAAAUGAAUUAAUGAUGAAACGAUUGAGAGAAAAUAAAGUAGUUGAGCAGAAUACUGUAACAAUACCUCAAACAACAACAAUCAUAGCUUCUCCACCUCCAGAUAGCGGGUAUGAUAAUGGACGUAGAGUUGUUCUCGACAAGUUUCAUGAGGACAGUGGAUUAAUAAGAAAGAGCGAACAAGGACAAAAAGCACAACCUUUAGAGAGCCAAGGACCUCCACCUUCAGCACAACGCCCUCAAGGAUUUGGAGGUGGUAAGAGACCGAACAGUAUAUCCUCCCCCUUCCGAUUUUUAUCAAGUAAAUAA